UAAAUCGAGGUGUUUAGCCUUUUCAAUACUGAUUGUGUUAUUUAGAAAAUAGAAAAGUUUUCAUUGCAAUUUAGUUGGCAUUUCGACUGCAUGCAAGCUAGUUUUGUAGAACCUACACAUAUUUACUUUGAGUGUAAAUAAAUAUUUACACUUGACCCCGGUGUUGUGAGUGAGCGCAUCAAAUCACCCAGUUAACGGAAUUAUAUAAUUUGCAUUGGUUCGAAAAUGAGUGCGACCGUAGAUGUAGGUAACUCUGAGAAACUGUUUGUGCCGUCUACAACAAUACUGAUACCGAAUAAUAACAAUAAUAAUGAGCCUGGAAACUGUCAUAUUAACAUUAAAAAUGAUGGCGCCGCCAUUAUUGAAAUUGAUAACGCAAUCGGUGCCGAUAACGAACAAUUCAACAAAAUGGCAAAUUUUGAAGAUAUCGUACAAAGAUGCCGUACUGCAUUCGCCAGUGGAAAGACAAAAGAUGUCAAUUUCAGGCGAAAACAGUUGGAGAAUCUACUGAAAAUGUAUGAAGAACAUGAAAAUGAGAUGAUUAACGCGCUCGAUGCAGAUUUGCGGCGCCCGAAGCAAGAAAGUUUGGUGGUAGAAACAGAAUUUCUUAAAAAUGACAUCAAACACAUACUAUACAAUUUGGGAGAUUGGGUUAAACCCGAAACGCCGGAAAAAUCAUUUGUUAAUCUACUGGACGAUGUGCAAAUUUUCAAUGAUCCCUAUGGCGUGGUCCUGGUAAUCGGCGCUUGGAAUUAUCCACUACAAUUGUUGUUAGUACCAGUUGCAGCUGCCAUAGCUGCUGGCAAUUGCGUUGUGCUUAAACCAAGUGAAAUAUCUACCAAUUGCGCCAAAUUCAUUACGGAGAUGGUGCCGAAAUAUUUGGAUAAUGACUGCUAUCCAGUUGUGUGUGGUGGUCCAACCGAAACGGCUGAAUUAUUGAAGCAACGCUUCGAUUACAUUUUCUACACAGGCUCAACAAGAGUUGGCAAAAUUAUACACGCUGCCGCCAAUAAGUAUUUGACGCCGGUAACACUCGAAUUGGGUGGUAAAAGUCCUUGUUACAUUGAUAAAUCCGUUGAACUGCGUACGGCUGUGAAACGCAUACUCUGGGGCAAACUGAUCAAUUGCGGUCAAACGUGUAUAGCGCCCGAUUAUGUGCUGUGUUCCAAAGAAAUACAAGAGAAAUUUAUUGCUGAAGCAAAAGACGUGCUCAAGGAGUGGUAUGGCGAGGAUAUCAAGAGCAGUCCAGAUCUCAGUCGAAUUAUCAAUCAGAACAAUUUCCAACGCCUGCUUGGUCUAAUGAAAAGCGGCAAAGUCGCUGUUGGUGGUAAUUAUGAUGCCUCUGAACGUUUCAUUGAGCCCACAAUAUUAACAGAUGUUAAAGCUGAUGAUCCUAUUAUGCAAGAGGAGAUUUUCGGCCCACUUUUGCCCAUAUUCACAGUGGAAAAUGCCUAUGAUGCAAUCAAAUUCAUAAAUUCCAGAGAAGCACCACUUUGCGCGUAUAUAUUUACAGCGGAGGCUGAGGUACAAAAUUUAUUUAAACGCGACAUCCAGUCGGGCGGAAUGUGUAUGAACGACACUAUAAUGCAUUAUGCUGUUGACACUUUGCCAUUUGGCGGUGUCGGAUCCAGCGGCAUGGGACGCUAUCAUGGUAAAUAUGGUUUUGAAACAUUCACGCAUAAGAAAUCGUGCCUUGGCAAGGAUCUGCAUCCGCUCGGCGAGCUGCUGGCAUCCGGCCGUUAUCCACCUUAUUCAGAUCGCAAAUCAACGAUACUGGGUAUUCUGCUGCGCAAACGUCGCCCAUUCCCCAAGCUCUAUCUGUCACACCUAUUAGCGGUCGGUUUGGGUAUCGGCCUCACAGUACUCUUCACCCAUUAUUUACAGGGCAAAUUAUUUUCACGCUAAAAUAGCUUGUUUGACGUCCGUUAAUUCAGUGAUUGUCUCCACGGCCACCACAUACCUAAGCAUUGAUUGGUGGGUUUAUAUUGUAUACACCUAUGUUUUAUGACGUUCAAACUUUUCAUCGUUGCGGUGUCAGUGUUCGUUACAUGUACAUACUAUUGAUAUUACUUUUAGAUUGCUCUACGGCUCAACAAUCUUAAUUUCACUUGUAGUUGUAAUUUUCCAUAAAUAAUUAUUAUGAAUACAGCUUAUUGUAUAUUUAAGUACAUACCUAAAUGCAUUUUAAAAAAAUCAAUUCAAAUAAAUAAUGAUAUAUUGUUAACUAACACGCUUUGAUAACAAUAUUUAGUAGUAUUUGUGGGCGCAUCAUGCAUAAAAAGCUUUUAUAAACAUUUGUUAUAAAUAAAAUUUAAAUACAUAUACGGUAUUUUACACAAUUAUAUUAUUUUUAUAAACAUUUGUUCAUAUGGUUUUUUAAAUGCUUAUCCAUUUGCAGAGUGAUUACGAUAAGAAAUGAUAGAAUAGAUAAAAUGAUGUUCUUGCAUAAUACAAACACAAAAUUAUCUAUAAUCAAUAAACGCUGAAGCAAAGAGAUGGUCUAAAUAUAUUUCUAAAAUGUUAUUUAAUAUUAUAUAUGUAAAUUUAAAUAUGUAAAGUUAUUUUAAAUGUAAUAAAACUCAAUUUAAUUUUAUUUUUCACUA